AUGUACACUGGUGGUCACGCUCAGAUGUCUUCCAUCAACUUUUCUUCUCAGCCCGGCAACGGUCUCCCCAUGGCCCCUGCCGGCCUGUCCUCGCGCCGUGGUGGCCAGAACAUCAAGCCUCUCUCGUUUGAUGCCGCUAGCCACCAAGCCUCCCAGGACAAUGGCGCUCCCACCCCGCGGACCAGUCGGUCUCAUCUUCUCGCCGGUCUGCGCACUGCCCCCAAGUCUGCCACUGCCACUUCCUUUGGUCCUACCUCGCCCACAGCUCAGCAGUUUGCUAGAAAUAGCAUGGCUGCCAACCUGCACGGCUACGGACAGGAAAACUACUACAACGCUCCCAAGACGGCCUAUCCCCAAUAUGCCUCUCAACAUCAGCAGCAAAAGCAGCAGCAGCAGCAGCAGCAGCAGGCUGCCUACCAAUCCCCCAUGAGCCAGCACUACACUGUUGAGCAGGUCCUGGCCCCUCCCGAGCUCUCUCUAGAGGAGCAGGCCCAGGCCCAGGAUCCCAAUCUCUACGCCCAACUCGUCGCCACCAACAUGUACCUUGCCCAGCGCCAGCAGCUUCUGCAGCAGCAGCUUAGAAACGUGCAGGCUGCCGCCGCCCAGCACGUCCAGCAGCAGUUCCAAACCCUCAACAUCGGCAGCUCCCAGCAGCAGCAGAUGCCAUCCUUUGAGCAGCAGCAGCAGCAGCAACAGCUGCAGCUGCAGGCCGCCAUGAGUCAGGGGCAGCAGGUUUACUUCAAUCAUGCUACAGGCCAGUACUACGUCGACACCAACGCUUCUGCUCAGUCGCCCAUGCAUUACCGCGACAAUAGCACCUCGUCCUUCAACAGCCUCCAGCAGCUCCAGCUUCAACUUCAGCAACAUCAGCAGUUGCAGCAGCAGCAGCAACAGCAGCAGGGUCUUCCUCGUGUCCAGGUCUCGCCUCCCCCGGAGAUCCAGCGCAACUCGUUCCGCAGCGUGUCCCCUCCCAAGCGAUUCGACUCACCUUCUGAGACGAUUCCUCUGCCGCCACCUUCAGCCAAUGCCUUCCGUCGCGGCCAUAAGAAGGCCUCGUCUCUCGCUCCCGUCAACAGCGUUCUCGCCGCUGCCAUGGCCUCUGAUGGCCCCAAGUCCGCUGGCCCCAAGACGGCCUCUUUCCCCAUGACUCCCUUGACUGGUGGAUACGGCCCUGGCCAGGCUCGUGCCGGCGAGCACCCUGUUCGUCAGCCUCGUGGCCCCCCCUCCCUCGAUGAGCUCAAGGCAAGACCCACCGCCAAGCACGAGGGCUCCAAGAACUUUGCUACUCGCACCCGACGCUCUGCUGUUCACAACUUGGUCCGCGCUGGCAUGUCUCGCCGCAAGGGCACAAGUAGCUCCUGCGGCAGCAUGAGCCCCGUUUCCGAGACGGCUGAGGACUCUGGUUCUCCCAUCACUGACAACGACUCGGAUUCCGGCCGUAGCGGCUCUGGCAGUCUUGCGGGUGAGGAGGAAUGCACCAGCUCUAGGACCUCGGCCAGCGGGGGCUGGGGAGCUAUUGGCUCUGAUCGCCCUGGCUCUCGUGAGAUGGGUCGCAAGAGCGACGGCUCCGACGUCAACGGUAGCUUCGCCAACGUUUUCAAGAAGGACCCCGAUGCUGUUGACCUGCAGCGCAAAGCCCCCAGAAUGGUGCUCACCAGCGUUGAGAAGCGCAAGGCUACCCCUGUGGCUUAA